AACCAGAAGCAACAGUGAGAACAACCUUUCUCUUAUAAAUGCCAUGAGAGCACAUACAACCCUCACUCAAAUUCUCUCUCUCUCUCUCUCUCUCUCUCUCUCUCUCUCUCCCUCCCUAGUACUUAGGAGCACAUUGAAAAAGAGACAUGGACAAUGAGAGGAGCUCUUUAGCCACUUGGGCUAACUACUGCCAAGGAAAGAGCAUGGACGAGCUGCGACAUUCUCUCGCCUGCAUGACGCUGGAGCUAGAGAGCACCAAGUUAGCGGUUCAAGAAGAGCUCAAGAGGCGAGAUGACCAAUUGAAUUGCCUCAAGGGACUGCUCGAGAAGACGAUUGCCGAGAGGAACGAUGCGGAGAUCAAAUGCCAGCGUCUCCUGCUAGAGAAGCUGCUGCUCCAACAACAGCAGCAGCAGCUAAGGGUUCCGCUCUCUGGAGUUUCGUCCAUGGAAGAUGAGCCGUGGAGAGUAAUGGACUCCAACAAUGCGUUCUCGUCAUCCGAUUGCGACGAGAGCAUCGUCUCGUCCCCAAGCAUGGACCUGGUUCAUCCACCUCAAAUGAAGGCAGCGCCGCCGGACAUUGAGUUAGUCCCGGAAAAGCCGCUCCCCGAGAAGGGCAAGCUCUUGCAGGCAGUGAUGAAAGCAGGUCCACUGCUUCAGACACUCCUCCUUGCAGGACCACUUCCCGAGUGGAAGCACCCGCCGCCGCCGCUUGCUUCAUCGGACAUCCCCCCAGUUACAAUACCGUCACCGCCAAUUCCGCCAACCCCGUCAUUCUUCCUCCCAGAUUCUGCUAUCAACAUCGGCAGCGUCAUCACCGGCACAAAUUGUGGUGGGGACAGUAGGAAAAGGGGACUUUGUGAGGUAUCAGCUUCCUCAAGAGAAGCCAAGUACCAAAGAGUUGUCCUCAACUGACUCGCGCCACCAAAACAGUCCCUCCAAUUUGACAAUUGAUAUUUUUAAUCAGCUGAUUAAACUAAGACUGGUCUCGGCACUCGUUUAGAACAGAAAGGAUCGGCAAGGGAUUUGGGUUGAUGACUGGUUUAGCAUUUGUACAGAUGCCCUCAUCUAGAAAGGGAAUUACCCAAAACUUGAUUUGUUUCGGAGAAGAAAAGUAAGGGGGCUUAUCGUCGAAGAAUUUCAGCUUUCUUUUCUUGUUUAUCCUCAAUCUAUUUAGCAUCAACUGAAAGAAAGCUUGAUGUGUCCAAGGUCAUUUGCUCUUGGUACUUAAAAUGUAACUCCAACACCAGAUUUAUGCUAUACAUUCUCAUAAGCCA